AUGGACAGUAGCGAUUCAGAGUCGUUGGAUGCUUGUCAAAGUGAGCUAUUUCCCAAGGAGUUGAAAUUUGAUCUUUUUGAUGACUUUUCUAUUAUCAAGCCUUCAGAAUGGGCGAUUACAAGAAUUGGCUGGCUCCAAACGAAGAUCGAUCGGCUACAUAGAAGCCGUAACUCAGUGCAGAGGAGAUAUCUCAAGAGGGAGUUGGAAAAUCAAAAACUGAUCUCAACUGCGAACCAAGUGUUUGGGUUCAAUGGCUGGUCUUCAGUUUUGGAUGGGAGCUUUGAAAUGUCGGAGUGUGCUGAGGAGGAUGGCAGAUUUAAGAUGAAAGUGCUUACCACAGUGAAACUGAUAUUGAAAGAUGGGACUACUUGCAGUGCUACGGGUACAGGCAGGACUCAGAAUGCUUCAGGGCGGGCCCAGGCGUUGUCAAAAUGUAAAAAGGAGGCGAUAAACGAUGCCAUAAGAAGAUGCAUAGAGAGUCUACCUAACUUACUAUUGGAAUCUCAAGACCGAAAACAAACUUUUAAGGAUUAUUGA